UAAAAUAGAAGAAUGAUCAAACCUGACUACCUUUCAGGGGCUGCUACACCUAUUUUAGCCAUUUUAUUAGAGCCAUACAACCAUUUUAACAUGUAGUUAUAUUAUAUUAUAUUAUGUUAUGUUAUAUUUAUUAUAUUAGAAAGUUUGUAAUGUUUAUGCGCCAUUCUAGCUAGUUCCAUUUCUACGUGCGUCAACCGUCAUCAGCAUGCGUCGGAAGCGCGUUCAGCAUCAACACAUGUGAGUCCUCCAAAACUGCUGUUCUCUACACAAACUAACAGGCCAUCGGCCGAGAUAUUUGAGUGUAUCGAGCAGAAGUCGCGGUGAUGAGCCGCUCCUCGUAGAUUAAGUUAUGCUGGCGCGUCUCUCCGCACUCGGAGCGCUGGGAGUGUGUAAAGAGCCUGUGCUGCAGGGAUCCGGCAGACUGAUGCAGACUCAGUCCUCCAGGAAGAGCAGAGCUGUCAGAGACACCCUGCGCCAUGUGAAGAUGAAGGAGAACCGCAGGCAGGGCGAGCUGCACGGGCCCUCCACCGUCUAUGUGCAGGUGGUGGGCUCCGGGAGCAGAGACAACGGAGCCUCGCUGUAUGUCUUCUCUGAGUAUAACAGGUAUCUGUUUAACUGUGGUGAAGGAACACAGAGGCUGAUGCAGGAACACAAAAUGAAAAUUGCACGCUUGGACAACAUCUUCCUCACCAGAAUGAGCUGGGAGACGGUCGGCGGUUUAUCAGGGAUGAUCCUGACCCUCAAAGACACUGGAGUCCCUCAGUGUGUCCUGUCAGGACCCCCGCAGCUGGAGAAAUAUUUACAAGCCAUACGAGUGUUUUCAGGGCAGCUGGAAGACAUUAAACUUGCUGUCAGACCGUAUACAGAACCUCAAUACAAAGACGACACGAUGACCGUCAGUCAAGUUCCUCUCUUCUCUGAGCGUAAGGCGGAGGCCGGGAGCCAUUCUCCAGGCUCUGGACGCAGCAGCAGUCCUAACAGCAGUCAGAAGGGGGCGCUCAGGAGACCGGACGAUCUCAAGGAGAGUGAGGGUCUCACUGCCAGCAGAAGAUCAGCCAGUCCAGAAGGUGAAGAGAAGAUAACUCGAGAUUCGUCUCUCGUGGUGGCUUACGUGUGUAAGUUGCACUCAAAGAAAGGGAACUUCAUGGCACUGAAAGCUAAAGAGAUGGGCCUGCCGGUAGGAACAGCAGCCAUUGGGCCCAUAAUCGAAGCUCUGAAAACUGGAAAAACUGUGACGCAUGAAGGAAAAGAGAUCCGACCCGAGGAGCUGUGCACGCCGGCUGAUCCCGGACCUGUUUUCAUAGUCGUCGACUGUCCAUCAGAAGACUUCAUACAGCCACUCUGCACCAAUCACGUCUUACAAAGGUAUCAGACGGGCGGAUCGGAGGAUUCAGCGGCUCUCGUGGUUCACAUGACGCCUGAGUCAGUGCUGGACACGGAUGAGUACAAGAGCUGGAUGGAGAGGUUUCCCAGCAGCACUGAACAUCUGGUGAUGAACGAGCAGACAUUCACGCCGCACAACACCCGCAGUCACAAACUCCAGACGCAGCUCAACCUCAUCAAUCCUGAGAUCUUCCCUCCACUCAAACUCUACAAGACCAAAGAGCCUCCGGCUUCUCUCCACGUUCCUAACGUCAGAGCCGAGUGUCUGAUGAAGUUUCAGCUUCGGCCCAAACUGGAGUGGCAAAGAGAUGCCAUCCCAUCCUGCGACUCUGAGGAGUUCGUGAAGGAAGCAGCCGAAGUGCCAAACUUCUUAGAGGAAGUUGAGAAAUGCAGGAAGUUCCAGGCGGCUGCAUCCGUCUCCUCGUCUGAGUUUCCUGAGAUUGUGUUUUUGGGCACCGGCUCGUCUCUACCGAUGAAGAUCAGAAACGUCAGUGCAACUUUAGUGAACAUCAGCUCAUCUCAGUCGCUGCUGUUGGAUUGUGGCGAGGGAACGUUUGGCCAGUUGUGUCGUCAUUACGGCGAUAACGUGGACGAGAUCCUCUCCAGACUCUCCACCAUCUUUGUGUCGCACCUUCACGCAGAUCAUCACACGGGUUUAAUUCAUUUAUUAUUGGAGCGAGAGCGAGCCCUGAACAGUCUAGGUGAAGCGUUCAGUCCUGUAUACCUGAUCGCUCCUGUCCAGAUCAUGACGUGGUUGAACCAGUAUCACAAUCACUGCCAGCAGAUCCUCAGCCAGAUCAAUAUUAUCCCAUCAACGUUUUUGUGUGACGGCGCUGACAUCCCCAAAGUCAAGACCAAAUCCUUCAUUCACACUGUUCUGAAGAAGAAUGACCUGGUCAAGUUUCAGACGUGUUAUGUUCGUCACUGUAAGAACGCGUUCGCCUGCAGUUUGACGCAUCGGUCUGGUUGGCAGCUCGUGUUCUCUGGAGACACCAUGCCCUGCGAUUCUGUCGUUAAUAUAGGCAAGAAUGCUACACUUUUGAUUCAUGAAGCCACACUGGAGGACGGGAUGGAAGAAGAAGCGUGCGAGAAGAGACACAGCACCACGUCUCAGGCGAUCGGCAUUGGGAUGAAGAUGAACGCUGAGUUCAUCGUGUUGAAUCACUUCAGUCAGAGGUACGCCAAGAUCCCUCUCUUCAGCGACGACUUCAACAGCAAAGUGGGGAUCUCCUUCGACCACAUGAGGAUCCGAUUUGGAGAUUUCCCGAUGCUUCCACGGCUCAUUCGGCCUCUGAAGGCAUUGUUUGCAGAGGAGAUUGAAGAGAUGGAGGAGAGGAGAGAAAAGAGAGAGAUGAAGAAGACCGCUGAGCCUCCAUCUAACGGAGAGUCCGGAACGAGCCGACAACCUGAUGAGAUGAGCAAAGGUGCCAAGAGAGAGCAAGAUGACCUCAACCAGGAAGCAGCCAUCAAACGACUUAAAACCAACUGAUUGGCAACCAAUCAGGGUGAAUGUUAGAAGGCAGCCUGGGGAAAAACUGAACCAAUGGAUUAUGAUCUUAAAAUGUACAUCAAGGUCCAUGUUGGGUAUAAGUCUGCAGAGUCCAACUGGAAAAGGUGAGAUUAAAGCAGCUGGAGAUUAAUCUGAGUUUCAAGCCAAAUCUGAAAUACAGUGUAUUGGUUCCUGGCUCGGAUCAGAUCUGGAGUCAGUCCCACUGCGAUCGAUUUGACUAAAGCUGCAGGUUUGACUAAAGUGAUAGUGGGAAAGUACACUACCUUAAACCUUUGAAUGUUUGCCAUUUUAAUUUCAGCCCUCCAGACUCUUUAAACCUGAAACAGAAACAUUUCAGCACUGAAGGAAGACGUUAGGUUUGGCAUUUUCAUUUGGGAGUGACACAGAAUUUCAGUUUAGUUUGAACCAGGUAGGUUUUUUUGCGAGUAAACUUGAGUGCAGUGGUAUGUGAAAAAAGCACUUGUGCAUUUAUGAAUUAAAUAUUUUAUUUUAUGUCUAUGGAAUGGCUGAUCAGCUUAGGCUUUUCUAAUUAUUUUAGGGCAAUAAACAUAAACCUGGAUAACUGUUUGUUAUAAUUAUUUUUAGUACCCUUUGGCCAAUUUUGUUAGCACUGCCUGUGCAAACGCUACUUUGAUUAUCUUUAGGAAAAUAUAUUAAAAAAAAAACAAACAAGAAUUGUUACUUGUGUGUUUGUGUAUAAAAGAUUUUCACUAAAUAUAGAAUAUAAAUUUUAUUAUAACUAAACAAUGUUUCUGCAUUUGAAAUAUUGCAUAAAAUAUUUUUUAUGCAUUUAUAAUGCAUAUUGUUUGGUUUUACAUAAAAGCAUAUGAAAUUUAUGUUGGGCAUGUGACUUGCUUAUGUCACAUACAAUAGGAUAUGUUGGUUGCAGAAAUAACUGCGAAUCAUCUUCCAGCUACAGACCGUUUGUUUAUAGAAGAUUUGAAAUUGCGUAUUAAACAUGACACAACUGAGGUUUCAAGUUUAAAAUAGAGCUAAGAAAGGAAGGCUGAGGGAAAAAAUGUGCUGUUAGUUGUAGAACGUUCAUACAAAAUGGAUGAAAGUACCGUCGAGAGUAAAGAUGUACACUUUCACCACUGGGAUGUUGGAGUGAACGUUAAAGUCAACAUGAAAUAAUUUUUGCAAUUCAUUUUUACUUAGAUGAUGUAACAUUUCAGGAUGAAGGGGAAAAUUUGGUGAAAAAAAAAAAUUAGGUCAGGAAUGGAUGAUACUUUUCACCAUCUAGUCAAUUCACAGUGCAUAAAAACUAUGUAUUAUGAAUUGAUAACAUCAGCCGAAAAGUCAUUUCAGAGGCAGAGUAUAAAAUCAUGUUUGUAAUAAUGUUAAUUAUUAAAGUUGCCAUUAAAUAAGAGCAAAAACCUUUGAGACAGAUGCUUGGCCUUUUGCUUUUGUUUAAUUGUAACUGAGACGAGACAAAGACGGCAUCUUUUUUUUUUUUUUUUCUUCAAUGGGA